UGGAUUUAAACAAUGUAAAACGACAAUUGGGUUAUAGGAAAACGACAUGCCCAAACAAUUCCCUUUCUCCCUCAGACACUUAUCGGAGGCCUCGCCAGUGAUAAAACUGAUGAACUCCGAUGCACAUUCUUGCACUGUCUCUUUGGCUUCUUUGGAUAUUUUUGCAUUGACGGGGAGGGAUUUUUUUUUUCAUUAUGCGAUUCGCAUUAGCUACGGGGAGGAAUCGAUCUUGUUCUUUAGAAGAAUUGUCAGAGAUGUUUCCGGCCAAUGGGCUGCCGACGGGGCUGGUUUGGUUUCUUUUCCCAGUUAUGGAAAAUUUAAAAAAAGUCUUAAAACAGUGAAUAUCCACCAUCGAAGUUUUGUUAUUCAAUUUUCCAUCUGAAACAAAAGUUAAAACUAAGACACAAACAAAUCAUCCAUCAUUGUCUUCAUACCCAUUUUUUCCCAACAAUCAAAAAGAAUUUUUUUAAAAAAAGGAAGAAGAAAAAAUAAAAUUUUGAAACCAUAACAGCAACAGCACUAGCCCAGAGAUGUUUAGUGGUAUUCAAAACACUUGAUCCUUUCUUCCCUUUCUCCUCUUCCACCAUUUCCACCGCUUCUAAAUUGUUAUCCCCGUUUUGCCCUCAAUCUUCUCCUGAUUCCCCAACAUACCCUUCCUCCCUCGACAAACUCGCCUAUAAAACCCAGCCCUCUUUGCCACCACCUCUCCUCGACUUCACAGGACGCAGUGUCCGACCACUAGAAAAACAAGAAACCGAACACACAUUUUCAGUUUUAUCAACAAAACAUUUCUGGGUCUUUAAUGAAAUGAGGAAGGAACUAUUUUGUUGCUAAGAAACAAGCCACCAUGUCGUGAGGUCCUGAUCAACCAUUUGUAAGCUUUGAAAUGAAGAAAUGGAACUUGAGCUUAAAUUCGAGCUUUCCAACUAUGAAGGGUUCUGGAUGGGUGUUUAUUUUUAACUGCGUGAGCCCAGAGGGACUGCUGGUUAAAACGUAAGCAAAUCGAAGCUGCAGAGAUCCGUAAUAAAGUGGACAAAAGCCUAAGAAUUCCCUAUUUCAACAACACAAAGCAGUAGUAAACUAAUCCUUACAGUACACGUGAGCACAUUAUUUAUUUGGGCCGCUCAAAUUUUCACAUUUGUUUUUGUCUCUCCGAUCAUUUGGAAGGACAAAGCAACAGACAAACUUCCCGGCUGUUCUACAGAAUCCUGAUUGCUAUUUCAAGAGAGCUAAUAAAACAACACUAAACAGAGAGAAAAGGGAGAACAGAAAGGAUGGCUUCAGACGUUCCUUGUUGCGGAGUUGAAUUCUCGUUGUACCUGCUCAUAAUUGCGGGGUUGGUGUGUUUUGCUGGGUUGAUGGCUGGGCUAACACUUGGACUUAUGUCUCUGGGUCUCGUGGACCUUGAAGUAUUCAUCAAGUCUGGCCGUCCUCAAGAUCGUACCCAUGCUGCAAAGAUAUUUCCUGUGGUGAAAAAUCAGCAUCUUCUGCUAUGUACUCUAUUGAUUGGAAACUCCUUGGCAAUGGAGGCUCUUCCCAUUUUUUUGGACAAGCUUGUGCCUCCGUGGGCUGCAAUUCUGAUAUCAGUGACUCUGAUCCUCAUGUUUGGAGAGAUAUUGCCCCAAGCCAUUUGCACUCGUUAUGGCUUGAAAGUCGGAGCGAUAAUGGCACCUCUUGUCCGUGUUCUUCUUUUUCUUUUCUUUCCAAUUUCUUAUCCAAUUAGCAAGAUUUUGGACUGGAUGUUGGGUAAGGGACACGCUGCCCUCCUUCGGAGAGCAGAGCUAAAGACUUUUGUGGAUUUUCAUGGCAAUGAGGCUGGGAAAGGUGGUGAUCUGACUCAUGAUGAGACGACUAUCAUUGCCGGAGCACUUGAAAUGACCGAAAAGACUGCUAAAGUUGCCAUGACGCCAAUAUCAAACGCAUUUUCCCUUGAUCUGGAUACCAUUCUUGAUUCGGAAACGCUGAAUAAAGUAAUGGCAGUGGGUCAUAGCAGAGUUCCAGUGUAUUAUCGAAACCCAACAAAUAUAAUUGGACUUGUUCUGGUUAAAAAUCUGUUAACAAUUGAUUCAGAAGGUCCAGUUCCUUUGAGAAAAAUGAUAAUAAGAAAAAUCCCACGGGUGCCAGAGGACAUGCCACUAUACGAUAUUCUUAAUGAAUUCCAAAAAGGUCACAGCCACAUUGCUGUGGUAUAUAAGGAUCUAAAUGAGAGCGAAGAAUCUGUGAAGAAAGGUAAAGAUGGUGAACGACUUGAGUUUAAGGACAGCUGUAAGAAGCGAAGAGGUGAACCCGAGACAUCAAGAAAAGAUGAUCGUGAGGUUGGCUUAAGUGCCCUAAAAUUAGGGCUUAAGUCGGACUCGCAAGAUGUUCAGACACUUGUGACUAACAGUGAUGGAGGUCAGCAGACAAAGAAGAGUCCACCAACUACUCCUGCAUUUAAGAAACGACACAGAGGUUGCUCAUACUGCAUAUUGGACAUUGAAAACGCUCCUAUUUCUGAGUUUCGAUCAAAUGAAGAGGUUGUUGGUGUUAUCACCAUGGAGGAUGUUAUUGAAGAACUGCUUCAGGAGGAGAUAUUAGAUGAGACCGAUGAGUACGUCAAUAUCCACAACAGGAUAAAAUCAAUAUGCACACAUCUAAGGAAAAUGCUCAUCAUUUGAAUUCAACACAACCUCCUGCGACUGGCAGCGACAUCACUUUCUCCGGUAUCACCAGUUCAUGGGAGAAAUCUUUCUCAACUUUCCCUCACGCCAACCGUUUCACAUUGAGCUCCAGGAGAAAGACUAAAGGAUAGGUGAAACCUCAGCAUUUUUUCAUCUUCUUUUUCUGUAGGACAUGAUAAUUAACUAUAGACUUAAGAAAAAAUAUAUAUGAGCUAAGGUUUAGCUACUUGAUAAGAACCAAUGACCAACCCUACUUUAGUUUUAGACGGAGUGCCUGGAGGAUACGUGAAAUCGCAUACAGAACAGAUGCUUAUUUUAGUUUAAUGGAUGAAAACACCAUUUGAGAUCAUCCAAUAUAUAUAGAUGGUGAUUGUUUUAUGUAAAA